CCCAGGACGAAAGAGAUGUCGGAAACGAUAUUAACGCGGUGAAAUGUGGUGAAUUAUCAAUCGGAUAUCAUUUCCGCGGGGAAAAGUUAACGAGGGGAAUUGUAGAUCCCAAGUCCGAGUAACGUAUUUAGCUACUGAUGACUUGGAAAUACCAAGAUUCGUUGAGUGAACCAAGCGAAUGUGUCUCGUCGAUCAUUUGACAGGUACACUCAGUACUCGGUGUUUAUCAAAGUAUUUCUUUAGAAAGAUACUUUGAUCGUGUCUCGAUGACGUGAGACAAUGAUGCCCAUAAAAGAUAACCAGGACGUGGCGUGCUUUCUGGUGACAAAGCACACGGUUUGGAAAGGAAAGUACAAACGUAUCUUUUCCAUUGGAUCGAUGGGGAUAACGACGUAUAACCCGAAUAGUCUAGAUGUAACUAACAAAUGGGAGUAUUCAGAUUUCAUAAGUGUCCAGCCUACAAAUAAAAAUCAAGUGGGGUCACACGAAUUUAGCAUAACCAUGCGUAAGGAGCGUAAAAUCGAUACCAUGAGGUUCAGUUCGGAACACAGGACGCAUUUGUUGACGGAAGCUCUGAAGUUUAGAAAUCAGUUUGCCGAAAAGCCGAAAGAAACUCUGAGGUAUCCUGCUUAUAAACAUCACUGGUCCGAUACCAGAUUACCAGUCGUAUUGGAGGUGACUUCGUGCAGUCUAGAUCAGCUAGAUCCAGCGACGAACAUGGUGCUCGCAAGCUAUUAUUAUAAAGAUUUCGAGGGUCUGGCCACGAUGAAGGAUUAUCCGGAUGGAUUUGUAAUAGUAUAUGGAGGAUUUGGGCGUUUGCAUUUGUUCGCCUCGAUCCACUGCGAGGAAAUUAAGAAGAACAUAUUACAGUCAGCCAUGAAUAACCUGGGGAUUAACGUUAAGGUGCUGAGAGAGCCAGUCAAGUUGGACGAGUUCGUUGCUCAGAGGUUAGGAAAGUUCAGUGGAGACGAACAUAUAACUAGUGUUGCCGAGUUCACUGUACAUAAAGUUUCAUCGAGGCAUCAGGAGCCUCAGAGAAGAACCCUGUGCCUCUCGGAUACUUGCCUACUCGAAAGAGACCCACAAACGUACAAUAUUUGUACACUUAGGCCACUCGCAGACAUUUUUGCUCUGGUUCGAGACUGUGCUAACCCACAACUCUUCACUAUACAAUAUCUGAAUGGGCAGACCCGAAGCUACAUGGCAACCGAUAGGGAUUCUUUAUUGGCCUCUUUACUUGACGGUGUAAGAGCUUCUGGCAACAGAGACGUCCAUGUCAAAAUGCAUCCUGUAGCGAGGGGUAAGAGAUUCGGACCUUUAAAUCUGUCCGUCGACGAAGAGGCUGAAAUUAGCCACGUAAAGUUUGUGCAACAACCGCCUGGGAUUCGACCUUUCUCAGAGAUUUUGGAGAGGUUCAAUGCAAACGUUCCUUACAGCGGACUUAAUUACUCGACUACACAGGAUGAUUACAGGCCACUUGAAUGGACUGUAACCACGUUGCAAAUUCAGGUGCACAGAGUUACGAAUAACUAUUUGCAGGGGAUCUUUACUGAGAACAAAGAUAAAAUAAUCUUGGGAGCUCUGAACAUCCUCGUCAACAGGGACCUGGAGACAAACAGUGAGCUCGAAGCUCAGUUUCAUGCCCUGCGGAGGUUGGUGGCCACAAAGGUCGGAUUCACGGCGUUCACCACCUUGCCUGGAUUUCGAGAAGCCAUCGGCACCAAGGUUGUCAAGGCCCUGAAGAGACAAGACUGCGCUGUCACUCAGGCUGCCAUUGACUGCAUUUGUGCCUUGAUGCAGCCUAUGCAUGACGACUGUGAUUUGAGACAAGAACAACUCAAUAAAAGCAGCUUGCUGAGCAACAGCAAAUUCCUUGAAGGCCUCCUCGACAUGUGGAUAAAUCACAUCAAUCAUGGAACAGGUGCUCUGGUGGUUUCGGCAAUGCUCGAUCUUCUGACGUUUGCCUUAUGCGUGCCAUACAGCGAGACUACAGAUGGCAAGCACUUUGACAAUUUGCUCGAAAUGGUCGCAGCAAGAGGUAGAUCUCUGUUCAAACUGUUCCAACAUCCAUCUCUGGCGAUUGUUAAAGGUGCAGGCUUGAUAAUGAGAGCGAUAAUCGAGGAAGGGGCUCCAGAAGUGGCCGCAAAGAUGCAGGAACUCGCCUUGGCCGAAGGAGCACUUCCCAGGCAUUUGCUCAACAGUUUGUUCACAAUAGGAAGUGAUGGUAGACUGUUGACCCACAGGCAAUUGUGUAGACAUUUGGUCGGACUUUGGGUCACGGGACACCCUACGGCUAUGGGGUUGCUGAAAAGAAUCAUGCCGGUGGGCUUGUUGAACUAUCUGGACUCUGAAGAAAAAGUGCCCGACUCGUUCGUAGAAGAGGAAAGGUUGAACAAUCGGGACAAUCUGAAGAUCGCGAUCGACCACGCGAUCAAGAACAAGAAGAGUCCACAAUGGAUCAUGGUAGAGAGGCAAAUGCGAGUCGUCGAGAAGCAUCUGGAGCACGCUCUUCAGCAUUGGGGUGCCAAGGUCGGGAUCGAGAGGCGAGAAAAAAUCAAGGAAAGGCCCAUAGUUCUGAGAAAACGCAGGGAGAGAAUUAAGUCCGAGGCGAACUGGAAGCUGUUUUAUUACAAAUUUAAUCAGGACCAUGCGCUACCCCAUUUGAUAUGGAACCACAAGACGAGGGAGGAGCUGCGAACGGCCUUGGAGAACGAGAUACGCGCUUUCAGCGCCGAUAAGGACCUCUCCGGUGGUACUUUAAUCGCUUGGAAUCACAGAGAAUUCGAGGUUCAGUAUCAAUGUUUAUCGGACGAGGUCAAAAUCGGAGAUUAUUAUUUGAGAUUGCUUCUGGAAAAGGAAGACAGCCCGGAUAGCCCUAUAAGGAAGUCGUACGAGUUUUUCAACGACCUGUACCACAGAUUCGUCCUGACGACGAAAGUAGAAAUGAAGUGCCUUUGCCUGCAAGCAAUGACGAUCGUGUACGGCCGAUAUUACGAGGACAUCGGGCCCUUCUCGGACACGAAGUACAUAGUGGGCAUGUUGGAUCGGUGUUCAGAGAGGAUGGAACGAGACAGGCUCGUCAUGUUCAUAAACAAGCUGAUAUUGCACAGGAAGAACGUCAAGGACAUCAUGGACCAGAACGGCGUUCGGAUCCUGGUGGACCUUUUGACGCUGGCUCAUUUGCAUACGUCCAGGGCGGUCAUACCGACGCAGACUAACGUGAUCGAAGCUGGUCCAGACCAAGAGCGGGUCCUGGAGAAAGAGUGGUACUACAACGACAAUGACCGCCAGAAGGGCCCGGUUAGCUUUAAGGAACUUAAAGAAUUGUACUCGUCGAAUCGGGUCACUCACAAGACCAAAGUCUGGGCCCAGGGCCUCGACGGUUGGCGGAUGAUCUCCCAGGUUCCACAGCUCAAGUGGACCUUGGUUGCUCGGGGCAGUCCUGUCGUUAACGAGAGUGAGUUAGCCACGCUCAUUCUGAAUAUCCUUACUAAAAUGUGCGAAUACUUUCCGAGUAGAGACGCCGACUACGCAGUGAUAAGGCCCCUGCCUCGCGUCAAGCGGCUCCUCUCCGACCUCCAGUGCUUGCACCAUGUCGUGCAACUUCUGCUCACCUUUGACCCGGUUCUCGUCGAGAAAGUCGCCAUCCUCCUCUGCGAGAUCAUGAAGGACAAUCCCGAUGUCUCCAAGAUUUACUUGACUGGCGUUUUUUACUUCAUUCUUAUGUACACCGGAUCUAAUGUACUACCCGUCGCCAAGUUCCUGCAGCUCACUCACACGAAGCAAGCAUUCAGGGGGGAUGAUAACACGUCAUCGGACAUUAUGCAGAGAAGCGUCCUUGGUCAGCUGCUGCCGGACGCCAUGGUCAGCUAUUUGGAGAACCAUGGAGCGGAGAAGUUCGCGCAGAUAUUCCUCGGAGAUUUUGACACCCCCGAAGCGAUCUGGAACGCGGAAAUGAGACGGAUGUUAAUAGAGAAGGUGGCGGCGCACAUUGCAGAUUUUUCACCGAGGUUGAGGAGUCACACGAUGGCCAGAUACCAAUACAUAGCCAUUCCGGCCGUGAGAUAUCCACAGCUGGAGAAGGAGCUCUUCUGCCAGAUAUUCUACCUGCGACAUCUCUGUGAUACCGUCAGAUUUCCAAAUUGGCCAAUUUCCGAGCCGGUGAAGCUCCUAAAGGACGUCUUGGACGCUUGGAAAAAAGAAGUAGAAAAGAAACCCCCGGUGAUGACGGUCGACGAGGCUUACAAAGUUUUAGGCUUAUCGUGCGGGAAGGAGCACACGGAGGCGAACGUGCGAAAGUCGUACUACAAGCUAGCCCAAAUGUAUCAUCCGGACAAGAAUCCAAAGGGCAGGGACAAAUUCGAGGCAGUCAACCAGGCAUACGAGUUCCUCUGCAGCCGCAGUUGCUGGACCGUUAAUGGUCCAAAUCCUGACAACAUCGUCCUCAUCUUAAGGACGCAAAGCAUUCUCUUCCAUAGAUACAGCGAAGAGCUCAGACCGUACAAAUACGCCGGUUAUCCGCAGCUGAUAAAAACGAUCAAGCUAGAGACGGACGACGAGCGUCUCUUUUCAAAGUCUGCUCCGCUUCUGGCGGCUGCGAGUGAACUCGCUUAUCAUACCGUGCACUGCUCGGCCUUGAAUGCCGAAGAGCUGAGGAGGGAAGGUGGCCUUGACGUCCUGCUGGAAGCGUAUACCAGAUGCGUGUCGGUCUUAAAUAAAUCGAGCAAACCGGAUGAUGUAGCCGUGCAGGUGUGCAUGCACAUCACCAGGUGCUUCGCCGUUGCCGGCUCGUUUAGAGGUUGUCGAGACAAAAUCGUCGAGUUGCCGCAGCUCGUCAAGGACCUCUGUAGGAUCCUGCACUUCAAGCAUUUAACGAAGCUGUGUUCGGUAGCCACGGAGUGCAUUUCGUCUUUAGCCGUGGACAGCAUCCUGCAAAUGCAGCUUUUACAAUCCGGAGCCCUGUGGCACCUGCUACUAUUUAUGUUCAAUUACGACUACACCCUGGACGAAGGAGGAGUGGAGAGAAACCAGGACGAGAAUAGGCAAGAAGUUGCGAAUAAUCUGGCGAAACUGGCAGUCAGCGCUUGCGCUCGUCUGGGAGGAUUCAUGUCUGGGGAAAACGAGACGCCCGUAAAUCCCAUCACGGUCGCUGCUUUGGAAAGUCUCUUGACUCCUUAUCUGACUAGACAACUCGGUAGCGAUAAGCCAGAGGAGAUCCUGAAGACGCUCAAUUCAAAUUGUUCCAAUCCGUAUCUGAUUUGGGAUAACGGCACCAGGGCUGAGUUGAACGAAUACUUGGAGACCAAGAGGCAGGAGAAGCUGAACGGAAAUGGCGACUUUGAACACGACUUCAGCGACUUCAAGUACAGUGCUCAUAGCGGCGAGCUCGUAAUCGGUGAGAUAUUCGUCAAGGUUUACAACGAACAGCCGACGUUCCCAAUAGAGAAUCCAAAGGGCUUCACCAUACAUCUGUUGGAGUUCCUAACAAACUCCUCCACGUAUCUGGCGUCCGUGGUAAAUUCUGCACUGUCGAAGAAGGACCAAGAGAAUCUCAGACAUAUUUACAUGGCCCUGGAGGCUCUUAGAAACGUGAUUAAAAAUCAUCCAGGAGUUGAGAUACAGUGCAUAGGGCAUUUUAAGUUGCUAUUCGGGCUUCUGACUUCCGGCAGCUUUAAGCCGAUUCAGAAGGGAGCCCUCGAAGUCAUCAACAACGUCACGAAAAAUCAAGAAUGCGUUAACGACAUUGCCGCGAACGAAGUCGUGGUCCACCUGCUUCUGACUCUGAACAAUUUAAAGGAGUAUCAGCUGUUAACUUUGGAGACAUUACACGCACUUAUGAGCACCACGAAAAUUGUGAAAGAUGCAUUAGCUAAAGGUUCUGUGAUCUAUAUCCUCGACCUGUUCUGCAAUUCGAGCAACACGCAGGUGCGCGAAGCGGCAGCAGAGCUGCUCGCAAAAAUGUCAUCUGACAAAUUGGCAGGUCCGAAAGUGAAACUAGACCUGUCCAAGUUUUUGCCCAGGCUCUUCAGCGAGGCGAUUCGCGAUGCGCCGAAACAAUGCGUCCACAUGUUCGAAACAAAGCACGAAAAUCCAGAAUUAAUCUGGGACGACGACGCGAAGAACAAGGUGUCGAAAGUCGUGGCCGAAUUGAAGGAAGAGUACUAUGCGGCGCAGAAACGCAAUCCCAAUAUCGUCCUCAAGUUGCCAGAGACCCAAAACAACAUCGAUCUUGCAACAAACGAGCCCGUUGUUGCCGGAGUGUACCUGAGAUUGUUCGUAGCCAGUCCAGCUUGGGCUCUUCGGAAGCCUAAGGAAUUUUUAAGCGAACUCAUGGACACGACCCUGUCGUUAAUGUCCAAGGAGAAAACUGACUCCGAUCUGUUGGAGCUGACGACGCAAGCUCUGGUUUCUUUACUUCAAGCGCAACCAUCUCUGGCGGACCAAGUACCUUCUUUGGGCCAUAUUCCGAGAUUGUGUCGACAGAUGGCCACGUUAAAUAGUCAGCCUCCCGUUUACAAAGCGGCGAUUCUGAUUAUGCAUCAGUUAGCUACCAGUGAGAUUUGUAUCUCGUCGAUAUGUCAAACGGAGUGCAUAAGUCCACUUAAACACGCCAUGCAGUCGAGGAGAGACAUGUUGGCGGUCGCUUGCGAAACUCUCAACAGGUUAUUUUCUACAAACGAAGACAGGCUUAUUAAACAGGCCCUGGAAGCAGAAAUGGUGCCCUAUCUCCUGAAUAUUCUGGAAGGCCGAUUGGAUGUCAUCGAGAAUCCAGCGACUACGAAAGCUCAGAUAGUGAAAGCCUUGAAAGCGAUGUCGAGGAGCUUGUUACUAGGGGAAAAAGUCAGUGCCAUUCUCGAGAAGUCAUCGAUCUGGGCGGAAUACAAGGACCAGAGACACGAUCUGUUCAUAUCGAAUACAACGUCCUCUGGUUAUUUAACCGCUGGAACUCCCAUGUCCGCUGGAUAUCUAACUGCUGGCCCAAGUGCUACUCUUUCGACUGGUCCACCGCCAGUUGAGAAGAACGACAACAUACUCAGCAGAAACGACAGUAUUUGAUACGGGUAGUAUAGGAAGCGACAUCGUGGAAACUGAUAACAGGUUUGUCGUUGCUAUUCGCACCGAUCCACUGAUCAGCGGUGAAGGGCUGGGGAAAGAAUGCGAAGGAUAAAUUUUAGGAGCCCUGCGAAAGAUCAGCUAACAAGUCAGGGCUAGGGAAGGAAUGCGAAGGGUAAAUUGAAACAUAAGAAAUUUCUCGAAUCCCAAAUCGCGGUUCUCCCUAACUCGGAAUUCGAGUAAUAACGUUUGUUUAACGAGUCGUUCGACGGUUUCGAUGCUUUCAGUAUUUUUUCCCUCGGUGUCCAGUGAGCGACAGGUUCGUCUUUUUUCGAGCGCGAUGUUGUUGAAUUUUGAGUCGUCUUUCAAAGUUUAAGAUUAAACUAAAAGAAUGUCUAACUAUGUUAUGUAUAAAGUCGGGGAGCAGGGCGACGCGAUGUUAGAUCGGAUUUCUAUCUACGAAUAUUAAUAAACGAGCUCCUCCUUCCAGGGAGUUACCUUCGCUUAAGGGAGGAGGGUGAAAGUGGCACCCGAGGAAUCAUCCGUUCAUGGAACUUAACCGAAAAGUUCGGUACAUCCCGCUCGGAGAAAAGUUUCACAAAUGAGAGACCUCUUUGAAUGCCAUUUUCACAUAACCUUAAACUUGGAUGCAGGUUACCCCGACGCGUCGCAGGAGCUUAUCCGUCAUUGCCUGAAAGAACCAUCGAGUACGGUACGGCUUUUCUAUUCAAGAACCUCUCUAUCUGGACCAAUUUCUGCAAAAAAUCUCGUAAGAAUCGCUUACGUUUCCGAUCAAGUCCAAAAAUUUCGCCGAUUCGCCACUGGGGGCUACUUGGCGCUGUUCCUCCACGGCUAUUAACCUUCUCUUUAGCUUUCCCACAUAGAGAGGUUCCACUAACUAAAUCGAAUCGACGUUUUACACGUGGUUCUUCAUUCUCUGUAUAAAGUCGAUUUCACCACGUUAGCAGUAGAGAGGAAGGAGAGAGAAAAAAAAAAAAAGAAUUCGUUGAACGAGUUUACAAUCUCACACCGUGGCAGGGACUGUUCUAUCGGCGAAGUACGAACGAAUGUGCUCGAGGAGCUUUCCAACUUUGUAAAUUCUAGACAGACGUUUUGCCGUUAUUAUUUAGAGUUAAGGUGAUAUGAAAGUAGCAUUUUAUUACCGUACAAAUAUUUAUAAAACUUCUCCAAACUGGGUGCACCCAAUUUGAAGGAAGGUUUUAUAUUUUGACGUUUUAUAUAUAGAAUGAUCCUUUCGUAUUGCCUUAAUGAGAAGCAAAUCGUUCGAAAUUGACGAGUCGUCUCAUCGCGAGGAGUAAAAACCAAGUUCCUGCUGUAAUCAGAACGCAUGUGCCUGGCCCGACAAUUAUUCUCUAUACGGGAUUUGCGCGACAUAAAACGAUUCGAUGAUCUAUAGUCCCUUUGAUCCUGAAGACCAAAGUUCCUCGAGAGCCACUUUCUGUCUAAAUAAUUGCAUCACAGUGAAUCACCUCCGAUUAAUCACGACUUGAGUCGACUCGUCGAUUCGGACGCAAGGAAUUUAUUAAUAAACUUAUCGAGGGGAGAUCGUUUAAUAAGUAGAUCGAUGUUCUUCACCUGAAACCGGAUAAAUCCGUAAGGUCCACACGAGUCAUUGUCAUUAACGAUUGCAAAUACGAACGAAUCGGUGGAAACCUCGUUCGUUACUUUCGAUGUACUUUCACCUGGGUUUACGAGAUUGAAAGUGAGAACUGUAUAUAUACAUAUACAUAUGGAACCAUACCACAGAAUAUGUACGUAUAAUGAUAAAGAAUAAAUGAUUUUGCACAUGGUA